AACAGGGCGCCGGAGUCAUGUAAAUAACAAAAAACACCACCCAGAGCUCUAGGCUCAUCCCCACCUGAAAUGGAACCGGUCCCGUCCGGCCUCUGUAAAAAAAAAGGUUGUUUGCUCCUAAAAGACACCGGUUAUUCUUUCCGACAGUGGGGGUUGUCUCUAAUAAAACUCCUGCAGCUGCUCUUUCUUUUGUCAAUUUCCAUUUGCUUUCUUUCUUUUCCGUCCAAUCCUGACUUUCUAUAUUGGUUGGAGAUCCGUCUGGCUCUCAUAUGAAGUCAUACCAAUCUAGACGGAUUUCCAUACAAUGCAUGCGAUUCCCUUGCGCCCUUCAAGAUGGUAGAGUUUGUCGGCCGCAGUGAGUCCAUCUUCAUCGUCACCAUUAUCUUCCUCGCCAUUUCGCUUGUCGCCGUGUGUCUGCGAUGUUUCGUCCGGUUAAGGCUGGUACGAGCCUUUGGGUGGGAUGAUGGGUUGAUGGUUGCUGCGAUGGUUGUGAAUAUCUUGUUUGCAUUAUGUGGAAUCGUGGGACCGAUCUAUGGAAUUGGACAGACCUUUGAGCAGUUGGAUAUAGUGCACAAUUUGGAGAAAGUGCAAAAGGCUAUGUUUUGGUGGUGGCUCGGUCAAAUGUCCUACGUUAUCGUCGUCGUCCUCGCGAAAGUGUCAAUUGCGCUUGCCCUCCUCCGUCUCACUGUCGCAAGAGUACACACCAUUAUCCUCUGGGUGGUCAUCAGCCUUUCCAUCGUUAUUGGACUCGUCUUCUGGUUUAUGUUGACUCUACAAUGCACGCCGGUUUCGUUCUUCUGGGAGAGAACAGGCACGGGAAAUUGUAUAGAGACCGACUACCUUAUCGAUAUCGCCUACUUGUACAGUGUGGUGGCUACGGUUUGCGAUUUCACCCUGGCUCUCUUGCCUAUUGUGUUGGUGUGGAAUCUGCAGAUGACUACCAAGACAAAGGCUGCUUUGGCGGGUAUUCUUAGUAUGGGUUGCGUAUCCAGCGCAGCAGUCAUCGUCCGCAUCCCAUAUCUCCACUACUACAAAGACCCUGACUUCCUCUAUGCAACAACCGACAUCUCAAUCUGGUCCAACGUCGAAGCCGGCCUAGGCAUCACGGCCGGCUCCCUCGUCACCCUCCGCCCUCUCUUCCGCUGGUUCCGCGGCGACAGCUACGCGCGCACCUACGGCGCAAAACGGACAACCGGCAGCAUCCCCCUCUCCAGCAUGAACGGCAACCUAACCAACAAAUCCCAAAACGACCCCAACAGCAACCAGUACUGGCGCUCGGAUCUAGUGCCGGAUAACGCACAGGCAAUUGCUAUCACGACUCAUAGAAGCAAGGGAAGUAGUCAGGAGUCGUUGAAUCCGACCCAGGGGCAGGGCCAUGGUCAUGAUCCGGGGUAUCAGGGGAGGGGGGUUAAUGUUCAAAAGUCUUUUUAUGUUUCGACUGAGGUUGUAUAAUAUCAUGCGUAAUGCAUUGCACCGUUUGUUUGUUUCAGGGCUCGGGAUGUUCCGAUUGGAUGCUUAAUGCGAUAUUUUCGAUAUCGAUGUUUACUUGAAACUGUAGGAAAAGCACUAGAUCUGAGAUCUAGAACCAGGCGACCACCGAUGAUCACGCCAGAUACGUCGAUUGUCUAAGCUGAGAGCAUCAACCAGCGCCAGCGCCCGCGCCCACCUGAUUACAACUCAUCAAUUACACUUUUGCCAUGCACAUAGCUC